AUGAGUACCCAGGGAUGGCCAGGGACACCCUCUGGAGCUAGUAGAGCAGGUGCAGAGUGGCGGCAUACCUGCAGGGGUGCGGAGCGGCCGGAGCUGAGUACCUGCCGUGAGUGGCCGGUGACGUCGCCCACACUACAUCACCGGGAGACGGGGGCCGGCGUGGAAUGUGAGCUUCCAUUGCUGCCACCUCUGUCCAGGCGUGACUGGCAGAACACGAUGCGGAGGCCGGAUCCGCCCACAGCCUACACCUACGCCACCCUGAUGAACUGCUGCUGCCGCGUCUGUCGUCCAGACCUUGGGUUUGCCUUAUUUGGCCGCCUCCUAAGGACAGGCCUCAAAACAGAUGAUAUCGUCACCAACACCCUCCUCAAGUGCCUCUGCUGCGCAAAACGGACAGACGAGGCUGUCAGCGUGCUGCUUCAUAGGAUGUCCAAGCUUGGUUGUGUGCCUGAUGCCAUCUCAUACAACACAGUUCUUAAGAGCUUAUGUGAUAAUAGCAGCAGCCAGCGGGCGCUCGACCUCCUUCAGAUGAUGACGAAAGGAGGUGGCUGCUCCCCUGACGUAGUGACAUACAACACGGUCAUCCAUGGCUUCCUGCAGGAAGGGGAAGUAAGCAAGGCAUGCGAUCGAUACCAUGAAAUGGUGCAGCAAGGGGUUCUGCAUGAUGUGGUGACAUAUAAUUCGAUUCUUGAUGCGCUGUGCAAGGCAGGAGCUAUGGACAAGGCUGAGUUGUUCCUUCGGCAGAUGGUUGAUGAUGAUAUUCGACCGAAUGAAGUGACAUAUAAUGCAAUGAUCCAUGGAUAUUCCACUUUGGGCCAGUGGAAAAGGGCGACUCAAAUGUUUAGAGAAAUGACAAGCCGUGGUCUUGCUCCAAAUAUUGUUACUUGGAGCUCGUUGAUGACCUCCCUCUGCAAGCAUGGAAGAAGCAAAGAAGCUGCAGAAAUUUUUCAUUCCAUGGCUGCAAAAGGCCACAAGCCUAACAUCGUUACGUAUCGUGUUCUGCUUCACGGGUAUGCCGCUGAGGGAUUCUUUGCAGAUAUGAUUGAUCUCUUUAAUUCAAUCGCAAACAAUGGUAUUGUACCCGAUUGCCACGUUUUCAACAUAUUAAUUAAUGCAUAUGCUAAAUGUGGAAUGAUGGAUGAAGCUAUGUCAAUGCUUACUGAAAUGCGGGGACAAGGAGUGAGUCCGGAUGUGUUCACCUAUGCAACUGUAAUAGCUGCACUUUGCAGAAUGGGUAGGUUGACUGAUGUUAUGGACAAUUUUAAUCGGAUGAUUGGGAAGGGAGUACAACCGAGCAAAGUUGUUUAUCACUCCCUAAUUCAGGGUUUCUGUACGCUUGGUGAUCUGGUGAAAGUGAAGAAGUUGAUUUUUGAAAUAACGGACAAAGGUAUUCCUCACCCUAACAUUGUCUUCUUCAGUUCAAUAAUGCAUAGUCUGUGCAACGAAGGAAGGGUUAUGGACGCACACCAUAUCUUUGACUUGGUUAUAGACAUUGGUGAGAGACCUGAUCUCAUUACAUUUAAUAUGCUGAUUGACGGAUAUUGCUUAGUCAGCAAGAUGGAGGAAGCACUCCGACUACUUGAUUCCAUGGUAUCAGCUGGCAUUAAGCCAAAUGUGAUUACAUAUAAUACACUUAUUAAUGGCUAUUGUAGGAGUGGAAGGCUUGAUGAUGGCGUUAUUCUAUUCAGAGAAAUGUUGCAUACCAGAGUUAAACCUAACACUGUUACAUAUAACAUCAUACUGGAUGGGUUAUUUCGUGCUGGAAGAACUGUUGCUGCAAAAAAGAUGUUCCAUGAGAUGAUCGAAACUGGAACAGCAGUGAGCAUUUCCACAUACAGCAUAGUUCUUGGAGGACUUUGUAGGAAUAACUGCACCGAUGAAGCAAUCGCUUUUUUCCAGAAAUUAGUUGCAAUGAAUGUGAAGUUCGAUAUUGUGAUACUCAAUACCAUGAUUAAGGCAAUGUACAAGGUUCAGAGAAGAGAAGAAGCUAACGAUUUGUUUGCUUCAUUACCAGCCUGUGGGCUGGUACCUAAUGCCUCUACUUACGGAGUAGUAAUACAGAAUCUUCUGAAAGAAGGAUCGUUGGAAGAAGCUGACAAUAUGUUUUCAUCAAUGGAGAAGAGUGGUUGUGCUCCAAGCUCUCGUCUUGUAAAUGAUAUCACCAGAAAAUUAUUGGAAAAGGGGGAGAUAGUCAAGGCCGGAAAUUAUAUGUCGAAAGUUGACGGGAAGAUCAUCUCCUUUGAAGCUUCAACCACUUCGUUGUUGUUGUCUCUCUUUUCGGAGAAAGGCAAAUAUCGGGAACAAUUACAAUUGCUCCCCGCGAAAUACCAAUUUUUUGAGGGAGUCAUUUGAUGCACUGGACUUGGUAGAUAAGCCUUGGCAUGGUUCGGAUCUCCGUCUUAACGAUGUCAACAUGUAUUCUCUUCCAUCCACUCACCAAGAUCGAGCUGGGUGAUAGUGCCACUAUGGUGUUCUCGUCCGACAUGUGGCUAUUGGGCGUGUAUGCUAUGGUCAUUGUUCCAUCUACAUGAUGUCUCCUUGUGCAAAGGCUGGCUGUCUGGUGUCUGGAGCUUUUGCUAAUGGUGAAAAUAUUGUGUGUGUGGAUCUUGUCCCAGAGUUCAUCGAGCUCUUCCUUCUGGUGGACUCUGGUCUCACUGCAACCCUGAUGUGCUUGACGGUAUUGUUUGGAACCGAGCUGCGGCCUGCGGAUGGUUUCCAUUUGGCUAAAUUGGUGUAUGAUGUGCAAUUCCAGGGUGUUGUGCCAUCGCAUAAUAUACCUUUGUUUCUCA